ACUCCUUUGUGGAGGAAGGAUGAUGAAGGCAAGACUGUUUGCAACGUAUGUGGCCUCUACUAUAAGCUUCACGGCUCUGCUUGUCCCAUUAGUAUGAAAUCCGAUAUUAUUCGGAAGCGCUCUCAACACCACGCUCGUGCGCAGCACUCCUCCCUCACUGAGCCCCCAAGCGCAUCUAACACGCCUGGCACUCCUUCCGUUAUGGAGGAGACAGUUUCAGAACGGGUUCUGGUGCAACAAGCGCAGGUACUUCUUCGUCUUCGUGGCGCAGCAGCAUAG